AUGGCUCCCGCCUCCUUUGACAUGAGGAAUGAUCAUGUCUGUCCACCAUUUGACGUGCACGGGGCACUGGUUUUUAGUGUGUCACAGUUUAUUUCCAACCACCACUGCGACUUUGGAAAGGUGCUGGAUAGUUUACUUGUCCAGUAUGGAGUGGUGGAGAGCUGUGAGCAAGUGAACACGGACUCUGAAACCGCAGUUGUAAAUGUAACCUACUCCAGUAAGGACCAAGCUAGACAAGCCUUAGACAAGCUGAAUGGAUUCCAGUUAGAGAACUUCACCUUGAAGGUUGCCUACAUCCCGGAUGAAGCGGCUGCCCAGCAAAAUCCCUCCCUGCAGCUCCGAGGGCGCCGGGGGCCAGGGCAGCGGGGCUCAUCCAGGCAGGCGUCUCCAGGAUCAAUGUCCAAGCAGAAACCCUGUGAUCUGCCUCUGCGCCUGCUGGUUCCUACCCAGUUUGUUGGAGCCAUUAUAGGAAAAGAAGGUGCCACCAUUCGGAACAUCACCAAGCAGACCCAGUCUAAAAUCGACGUCCAUCGUAAGGAGAAUACAGGGGCUGCCGAGAAGCCCAUUACCAUCCUCUCCACCCCUGAGGGUGCCUCUGCAGCUUGUAAGUCUAUUCUGGAGAUCAUGCAUAAGGAAGCGCAGGACACCAAACUCACAGAGGAGAUCCCCCUGAAGAUAUUAGCUCACAACAACUUUGUAGGCCGUCUUAUUGGUAAAGAAGGAAGAAACCUUAAAAAAAUCGAGCAAGACACAGACACUAAAAUCACAAUAUCUCCGUUGCAGGAACUCACGCUGUACAAUCCGGAGCGCACCAUCACCGUUAAAGGCAAUGUGGAGACGUGUGCCAAGGCUGAGGAGGAGAUAAUGAAGAAAAUCAGGGAGUCUUACGAAAACGAUGUUGCUUCCAUGAAUCUUCAAGCGCAUUUAAUCCCUGGAUUGAAUCUGAAUGCCUUGGGUCUGUUCCCACCCACUUCAGGGAUGCCGCCUCCCACCUCAGGGCCCCCCUCAGCCAUGACUCCUCCCUACCCACAAUUUGAGCAGUCGGAAACGGAGACUGUGCACCUGUUUAUUCCCGCCCUGUCAGUUGGCGCCAUCAUUGGCAAGCAGGGCCAGCACAUCAAACAGCUUUCUCGUUUUGCAGGAGCUUCGAUCAAGAUCGCUCCAGCCGAAGCACCGGAUGCUAAAGUGAGGAUGGUGAUUAUCACUGGACCACCAGAAGCUCAGUUCAAGGCUCAGGGAAGAAUUUAUGGGAAAAUUAAAGAAGAAAACUUCGUUAGUCCUAAAGAAGAGGUGAAACUUGAAGCUCACAUCAGAGUGCCGUCCUUUGCUGCUGGCAGAGUUAUUGGGAAAGGAGGCAAAACGGUGAAUGAACUCCAGAAUUUAUCAAGUGCUGAAGUUGUUGUCCCCCGUGACCAGACACCUGACGAGAAUAACCAAGUUGUUGUCAAGAUAACUGGCCACUUCUAUGCUUGCCAGGUUGCCCAGAGGAAAAUUCAGGAAAUUCUGAAUCAGGUGAAGCAGCACCAGCAGCAGAAGGCCCUGCAGAGUGGACCCCCUCAGUCAAGGCGGAAGUAAGGGCUCAGGAGACAGCCACCACAGAGGCAGAUGCCAAACCAAAGACAGAUUUGCUUAACCAACAGACGGGUCUGACCCAUCCAGAAUCACAUGCGCGAGUAUUUCCCUAGCCGGUUGUUUCUGAGGACCAGGCAACACGAACUCCUGUCUCUGUGAGAAUGUAUACUUUAUGCUCUCUGAAAUGUAUGACACCCAGCUUUAAAAAAAAAAAAGAAAAAGGAAAAAAAAAAGUGGGGGUAGGGAAAGAGAACUCCGCACUUCCCUUGUGAUAUCAAAGUCUCACAAACGUGCUAAUUUUUAACAUCCUCCAUAAUGCCAGAAAUUGGCAUAAAUGGUACAUUCACUAAAUUCAUCAAAUAAAUCAGAAAAAAUAGACCGUUCCUAAGUCCAAUUGUUGAAAUUGGAUCAAAGUAGAAUUACCACAGGAACAUGAUGUUAAGCCAUUAGAGUAGAACUGUCGUUUCCUGUUUCUCUAACACUAACGAGGAUAACCGAAGGGAAGUGCUGACCGCUGUUGGCGGGGUAUUAAGUGUGCAUUUUUACUCAACUACCUCAGGUAUUCAGUAAUACAGUUAAAAGCAAAAUUAUUCCUUUUUUGAAAAUUUUAUAUACUUUAUAAAGAAACUCCAACCAUUUUUUUAAAAAAAAUAAAAUGUAACAGUUAUCAGCUGAUAGGCAAAUAAUUGAGAAAGGAAUUUUACGUCUGGCUGGUGACAGUAAAGUUGGAAAAUUAAUUUUGCAUUUUUUGAGCCUUUUGACAGUAGUUGGAAAGUCCAAUAAAUGUUCAAAGAUACAGAGCAGUGCCUAUUCUCGGAGAGCAGCAAAAUCAUGUAUUCCUUUGUUUCUAGUUGGGAAGGUUGCUGGGACUAACAGCAGAGUGGUGGCAGGUUUUGGAACGGCUAGUUUAAAGAGCUUCAGAAGACUUGGGAUUUGUUUGGCUAUGUGCGUGAAUGCAUAAAUGCUUUGUGCUCCGUCAUACACUAUUGACAAAGCACGUCAAUGACGGAAUGCAGAAUCUACACAAAAUCAGCUUACGAACACACUUGAGAUGAGGCGAUGCUUUGGGGGGGCCAGGGGGUCAGGUGUGACUGUGAAGGCAACACAAGGCUCUGUCUCCGGGUGCCGGCACUGUCACGAGCCUGACGAAGCUCCGUGGAAGAUGUUUUUGAAGCAGUGGCAGUCAGUCCACCGAAACUACUCCACGGACUGUAACAGGUUUCGGCCUGCCCUGCUCCCCUGAUAGGACGUCCAGGAGGCAGUGCAGCAAAUGGUUUUGGGAAAAGGACUGGGGAGCCAUCUGACGGUUGAAGCGAACCCUGUAUGGACACUUGUGGGUGGUCCUCAAGGCCAUGCUGCUCUCUGAAAUUGUUACUUUGUUCAUAAGGUGGUUACAGUCAUAGCCCACUGGCCUUGAGGGCAUCUUGUAACCCUUCAAAAAUCAUUUUGCCUCAUUUGUGUUUCAAGAUUAACUUCUACAUGCUUUUAAGUUUUUCUGGAUAUCAGCAUCAUUUAGACAUUAUAAAAGUGAUUUGAAAUAUUUUCCUAAACACUUUCAUAAAACCAGUUUAUUUUGUAGUUUUAACCAAAAAGUGCCCCUUUACAAUUGAAUUCAUCUAGCAUUCAUAUUUUUUUCAUACGAUGGAUUUAAACUGCUUUAAAAAAAAAAGUGACCUUUUCUCCUGCUUUGAUUUCAGGAGAGAUGUGUUCAAGGCCAGAACUCUUCCUCAAUAUCUGGUUUUUCCAGUAUUUGUUGUUGUUGUUUUAAACUGACAGGUGCUACAUUUAUAUCUGCUGGUUUCAAUUCUGCCAUGUUUCACGUCUAGCCUUUUAAAGUGGCAAAUCAUGUUUUACUUUCACUUAAGCAUUAGUAGUCUGGAGUACCUGGCACUAAGUAAUUCUGUACCUGAGUUUGUAUUCACCAUAUACGAAUCAUUUCUCAUCUAUAAUGUGCCCCAAAUGCAGCUUCGUUUUCCAGGUACCUUGAUGCAGAAUAAAGUCUUCAUCAUAAGCCACA